AUGCUUUCAGAAAACAAGGUUUCGGUUUGUGCUAUCUUAGAAACUCAUGUGGAGGUUGCUAAUCUGGAUAGGGUUUGUAAAAAUGUCUUUAGAGGGUGGAGUUGGACGUCUAAUGGGGGAGUUUGUCAGCGAGGGACUAGAAUUAUUCUCGGUUGGGAUAGUGAUGUGGUAGAUGUUAUGAUUUUGUCUCAAACUGAUCAAGUAAUACACUCCCAGAUCUGGUCCAAAGCUGAUAAUUCGAGUAUUUUCUGCUCUUUUGUCUAUGCGAAAAACAAGUAUCAAGAACGAAGAAGCCUGUGGGAGGACUUAUGUAGACAUAAGCUGUUGUGUUUGGAUAAGGCUUGGUUCGUAAUGGGGGACUUCAAUUCAGCUCUCAGUGCGGAUGACUCGUUAUUUGGUCCUUCUAGUCUUUCGAUAGGCAUGCGGGAAUUUUGUGAUUGUAUUGAAGAGGCGGAGCUUAUUGAUGUUAAGGGCCAUGGUAUCCAUUUCACAUGGAAUCAGAAGCCGAAGGAAGGGGUCGGUUUAAUGAGGAAAAUUGAUAGAGUAAUGAGUAAUGUUAAGUGCCUAGAUUUAUUUCCGGAUGCUUACGUUAUUUAUCACCCUUAUCGAGUCUCUGAUCAUACGCCGUGCAUUUUGAAGCUGUCUAAUGAGUCUAACAACUCUCGGCCAAAGCCAUUUAAGUUUGCAAACUUUAUUGUCUCAAAACCUGAAUUUAAAGUCUGUGUGGAGAAACAAUGGGCGAAGAAGAUUGACGGGUUUGCUAUGUUCUCGGUUGUUAGUAAACUUAGAAACUUGAAGCCGGACCUUCGUAAAAUCCUUUUCCAACAAGGUAACCUUCAUAAAAGAGUUCUUGAGCUUUGUUUGAAGCUGGAUGAGAUCCAGGAAAAGGUUGAUGCUAAUCCGAUGGAUGUGAAUAUUCGGAAACUGGAGCUCGAGUGCCUUAAGGAUUUUAAAAUUGCUGCCUACGAUGAGGAAUGUUUUUUGAAACAAAAGUCGAAGGUGGAAUGGCUUUGUGCGGGGGACUCCAACACGGCAUUCUUUCACAAUACGGUUAAAUGCAGGAACAAUCGUACCAAAAUUCAAUGCAUUACGGAUGUGUCUGGCAGGAGGUUUGAAGGGGACGAGGCUGUGACCGCUCUAGUUGACCAUUAUUCAGCGUUUUUGGGAAAGGAGGAUCCGGUUACCAAUGUGAACAUGGAUGAUGUUUUUGUUAAUGUUCUUAAUUCGGUGGACGCAGCUAAUAUGGUUUGA